UAAUCUUCAUUUCACCUUAAAAAAACAGUGUUCAAAAUUGGGUUCCACAUUGCUUUAUUGCGUAGGUAACCAAACACUUUCUUUGCUAGAAAAAUAAAAACGAAGGAAAAAAAAGUGAGUGUUUCAGAGUUUCUCACUCACUCUCAGAAUUUGAAUUUGAGAUGAAUGUAUGAACUUUAAGGGUUCAUUGUUAGAAAGGUUUUGCUAUGGCAACAGCAACAUACCCACCACCACCACCUUAUUAUAGACUUUACAAAGAUUACUUGGAAAAUGAUGACUCUGCUCCAAAGCCUCCACUGCCAAUUGAAGGAACUUACAUUUGUUUUGGUGGAAAUUACACUACCAGUGAUGUUCUACCAAGCUUGGAAGAACAAGGGGUGCGCCAGCUAUAUUCUAAGGGGCCGAAUGUUGAUUUCAAGAAGGAACUGAGAUCACUUAAUAGCGAACUCCAACUACACAUUUUGGAGCUUGCUGAUAUUCUUAUUGAGCGGCCAUCCCAGUAUGCAAGAAGAAUCGAAGAAAUUUCGACUGUAUUCAAAAACCUACAUCAUCUUUUAAAUUCAUUGCAUCCUCAUCAGGCGAGGUCAACACUGAUUCACAUUAUGGAACUUCAGAUAAAGCGCCGCAAACAAGCCCUGGAGGACAUAAAGAGGAGGAGAGAAGUAGCUCAAAGAAUUCUUAACGAGUCCUUAGCAACACUCGAUGGUCAUUAGGGCAUUCUUAUACUUAAUCCGCUAUGCAAAAUAAUCUUAUGUGAAAUUUUUUUACCCUUAGUUUUGUUCCAAUGGUCAAAAGAUUGAAAUACUUGACUUAUGCGGUUUCCCUAAAAAAUGUCAUGUCAUAUGACUCUUCUUAAUGAAGGCGUUAGAUUUAGAAGCAUGUUUAUCGUAGUGUAUGGAGUCUGAUUGUUCUUUGAUUUAUGAGGUAAUAUAUCACAUGUUUGUUUA